CACGUCGGUGGCGAAGAUGGAUUUCCUAGACGGGGUCACGCAACAUAAAAGCUUAACGCUGAUCGUAUUCCUGGAGUAUGUUAUUUUUGCCCAGCUUGGAGCAGGUUCAACGAAGCCACGAGCUUUCCGUUGUGAUGGGCAUUCCUGCAAUCCUGCGGUGGGAAAUCUAGCAACAGGCAGGACACCGACGACACUUACCACUUGCGGACAGAACAGCACAGAACUCUACUGCUUUUAUCCAGAGCACAACCUGUACCAUGGCUCCUGCGGAUUGCCCAAGUGUACCAAAUGCAAUGCCAACCAGCCUAAUAACUCUCAUCUUCCUGAUGAAAUGACUGAUGACUUCUUCCUGCAUCCUGGUUCCUGGUGGCAGUCCGCGCAAGGGGUGCACAGGGAAGAAAUCAGGCUGGAUCUGGAAACAGAGUUCUACCUGACCCACGUCAUUGUAGUCUUCAAGUCACCCCGCCCAGCAGCCAUGAUACUGGAAAGGUCCCAGAACUAUGGGCAGACCUGGAGACCUUACAAAUAUUUUGCUGUCAAUUGCACAGCUACAUUUGGGCUUCCAGAUGAUAGCACCGAAGAGGGAUCUCUCUGUACUUCCAGAUAUUCUGAUGCAGUGCCUUGCACCAGAGGAGAGGUGAUCUUCCGUGCUUUAACGCCUACUAACAAGAUUGAAGAUCCAUACAGUCCUGAAGCACAAGCUGUCUUGAAGCUCACUAAUUUGCGGCUCCUUUUAUUAAAGAGGCAAGAGUGUCCUUGCCAAGGCUCAGGAGUACUGGAGAAACCACACAGAUUUGCCCAUUAUGCCAUCUAUGACCUAAUUGUCCGUGGCAGUUGCUUCUGUAACGGCCAUGCAGAAGAAUGUCAGUUUGCCAACGGCCCAGGUGUUGGCAGCAAUAUGAUCCAUGGGAAGUGCAUUUGCAGACAUAACACUGCAGGACACCAUUGUGAGAAGUGUGCGCCAUUAUACAAUGACCAGCCAUGGGAGCCGGGCGAUGGAAAAACUGGGGCAGCAAAUGAAUGCAGAAAGUGCCGCUGUCACCAUCGUGCAGAUAGCUGUCAUUUUGACCAGAAGGUCUGGCUGGCCUCUGGGAAGAAGAGUGGUGGGAUCUGCGAUAACUGCAAGCACAACACUGAAGGUUUCCGGUGUCAAAGGUGUAAGCCUGGUUUUUACCGAGAUAGAGCCAAACCUAUAACUUCUCCAGACAUUUGCAAAGCCUGUUCCUGCCAUCCCUUGGGCUCACUGAACAUAACGCUGAAUCAAGCCCAGAAAUGCCAUCCAAAGACAGGCUUCUGCUACUGCAAGCCAGGUGUCACAGGACCCCACUGCGACAGGUGUCUGUUGGGGUAUUGGGGCUUUGGAGAAAAUGGCUGCCAACCCUGUGCCUGUGCUAGAGACUGUAACAAGCAUACUGGAGAAUGUCUCCACAGUUAUGACAAUUCGGCUUUUUUAAAUAUUCCUAUUGGUGGGAGGAUCCCUCACUUCCUCCAUACCCCAGCCAACGAAAGUGAAAAUGAAUGGCAGUGGAGUGAUCACAAGCAGGGUUUUUCAGCCUUGAGAUAUCCAGAAAAGUGUGUGUGCAAAGAGAGGAUCCUAGGAAGCGUCAGCAAUUUUUGUCAAAUGAAAUACGCCUACGUUUUAAGAGCAAAAGUUCUAUCUGCUCAUGACAAAGGAACCCAUGCUGAAGUAAUAGUGAAGAUAAAGAAGGUUCUGAAAUCAGGCAAAGUAAAAAUCACCAGGAAUAACCGAAGCAUAUAUCCAGAUUCCUGGACCAACCGGGGGUGUACAUGUCCUAUUCUUAAUCCUGGUGUAGACUACUUAAUAGCAGGACAAGAAGAUGCACAGACGAACAGACUCCUUGUGAACAUGAACAGUCUGGUGAAGCCCUGGAAAGCUCACUGGGGGAAGUUUGUUGCCGAUAUACUACGAACUGGAUGCAAAUAAUGUAUUU